UAUAGUAAUCGACGUUAUCGUCUCCACUGCUUGCACCAUAACAAGAAACCAAGGCCAACCCAUGUUUCACCAGAAGAUUGGGCUUGGCUGAUAAAGCAUGUGUGGACCGAUGAGGAUUUUCAGAAAAGAAGCAACCAGAAUGCAGCUAACAGGGCAAAGCAGGAGAUGGGCUCUAAAGUGGGAACUAAAUCAAUUGCUCAAAUUGCACAUGAACUGAGAAACAAAGAGACAGGUGAAUGGCCUACAACAAUGCAAGUUUGGAAAGCAACCUAUCAAAAGGCUGAUGGAACAUGGUCUGUUCCUAAUGGUGAACGAGUUCUGUCUAAACUAAAUGAAGUUGCUCAAUCACAACAAGAAAAUAUAUGUUCUGCAGCAGUACCACUAGUAGAGCAUUUUGCCUUGGUCCUUGGGAAAAAAGCGAACCAUUCACGUGGUAUAGGCUUACGUGCAAUUAAUAGAGUGGCUGAAGAAAGGCUAAGGUUACUUGCACAAGUUGAGGCUGCUGAAAAGCAUGCAGCUACUGCCCAGGAGCGUGUUGAUGCUGCGGAACAGCGAGCAGUAGCUAUGGAAGACCAAGUCCGCAAAUUGGAUGAAACAAAUGCCCAGUUGCAAGUAGAGCAACAAUCUCAACGUGAUGAGUUGAACUCCCAGAGAAGGACAGUAGAGGGACAAGCUACAGAUGUUGAAAGAAUGGUACAACAAAAACUUGAUGAGCAAAUGGCCAUAUAUUUCUCACGCUUCGCUUCUUCCAAUGGUGUUUCAUCCUCACGAUCUCCAUCAGAUGACCAUUAGAAUGCAUGAAGUUGAUCUCCAGAAGUCUAUUUAAUCAAGCUGAAGACAUCCUAAGUCUAUUUCACCGAAUAAUUUAGUAUUAGUCCCAUUUAAGUUUCUACUGGUUGCUUUAGUUCUCAUCAUGAUGUUUAUGUCAGCAUUUCGUGAGAAAUUUUGAGCUUCUUGUUGAGUGCAACAUUUGUUUGGUUGUAAGACUUCUGAAUAAAUAUUUCAAUAUCAUUGUUCCUUAAUUUGGUUUAA